AUGCCUGCAUCAACUCGUUCUCGCACCGACGGUCCCACUCCACUCCCCAAUCAUGAAGGAUAUGAUUACGAUGUUGUCAUCAUCGGAGCAGGAAUGUCUGGCUUAUGCCAACUAUACCAUGUACAGACGCUGGGAUUGAGUGUCAAGGUCUACGACGACGCAGCGGACGUAGGAGGGACCUGGUUCUGGAAUCGAUAUCCCGGUUGCCGUUUCGAUUCUGAAAGCGAGUCAUACUCGUUCUCGUUUUCGCAGGAACUACUGGACGAAUGGUAUUGGAAGGAGCAUUUCUCGAGUCAACCGGAAAAUCUGAAGUACUGUCAAUACGUUGCCAGGAAGUUUGGACUGUACAAACACAUCCAAUUCAACACGCGAGUCUCUUCAGCCCACUGGCAAGAAGAGUCUCGAACAUGGAAGCUGACCGCUGCCAAAUCGGGCGAGCAGGUAACGUGUCGGUUCCUCGUUACAGCCAUUGGCCCCCUAUCAGCUCCAACCCUACCGAGCGAUCUCGACAUUGAAAAGUUCAAAGGAGAAUCAUGUCAUACCGCCAGUUGGCCGCUAACUCCUGUCACUUUUGAAGGAAAACGAGUGGCUGUGAUCGGAACAGGUGCCACUGGCAUCCAGGCGAUCCAGGAGGUCGCAAAGACAGCAAAGCACUUGACUGUCUUCCAACGUUCGCCAAACUGGUCCUGCCCGCUGGGUAACAGUCCUGUCUCCGAAGAGAAGAUGAAGCAAAUCAGAGAAAACUAUCCCAGCAUGUUCAAAAAGUGCACCGAGACGUAUGGCUGUUUUGUGCACGAUGGUGACCCUCGCUCGGUCUUCGAUGUCACCCCAGAAGAAAGAGAUGCCUUCUGGGAAACGCUGUACGCCGCGCCGGGCAUGGGAAUGUGGGUCGGGAACUUCCGCGACCUUCUCGUCGAUCCCAAGGCAAAUGAGUUGGUGUCUAACUUUGUUGCUAAUAAAGUCCGGAGUCGUGUCAAUGAUCCCAUCACUGCAGAGAAACUGAUUCCAAAGCACGGUUUUGGUCUGAAAAGGCUCCCUCUCGAAACCAAUUACUUCGAGGUUUAUAAUCAGAAAAAUGUCGAGCUGGUCAGCCUGCUAGAUACUCCUAUCGAUCGCCUUACCGAUAAAGGCAUCCAAACAUCAGACAAUAUUGAACGAGAGUUCGACAUGAUCAUCUAUGCCACUGGAUUUGAUGCCCUGACUGGUUCAUUCGACCGGAUCGACAUCCGUGGUGUCGGUGGGGAGAAGCUGAAGGAUCGAUGGACGCCAUCUCCACAGACCUGCCUGGGGCUUAUGGUUGAUAACUACCCCAACAUGAUGAUGGUCUUCGGACCACGUGGAGGUAUUGGAAACGCUGUGCCGGUGAUUGAAUUCAAUGUUGACUGGAUCACAAAGCUGUUGUCCUUCGCUAAGGCCAAGCAGCUGACGCGGUUGGAGGCAACGAAAGAAAAGGUUGACGAGUGGACAAAGCACGUGAACGACUCCGGAGCGAAUGUUUUGGGUUCAGAUGUAGACUCGUGGGUGACAGGUGUCAAUCGUAAUGUGGGAAAGACGACCAGGAUUGUGGCGCGCUAUGUUGGUGGAAACAUUGACUACCGACAACGUGUUACCAGAGCUGCAGACAACGGCUAUCGGGAUCUUUCUCUUAGUUAG